AUGAUGUUCAAAUUAUUCUUAUUUUCCUGCUUAAUAGUUGUAGCAAUUGCAGAAAAAUCAGAAGAAAAAGUGGAAAUACUUACUGAGAGAACAUUUGUUAGACAAAAUGGAUAUGAUUUUGAAUUCAAAACAAGUGACGGCGCCUCCCGAAAGGAACAAGCUGAGCUGAUAACAGUUGGUGAUCAUCAAGGUAUCGGUGUGAGAGGUUCAUAUUCAUAUACAGCACCAGAUGGACAACAGUACGAGGUCACUUACACCGCUGAUGACAAAGGGUACAGACCAGAAAUUCGCAUUAUAUCUGGAGGUUCCCAAUAA